AUGACUUCUUCACAACCUCUUAUUGCGACCUCGAAGCUCGCGCUACGUCAAACUCAGGAAGAGUCUACUAAGGUGUUGAAUGCCUUGGAUGCAGUUUCUAACGAAAUGUCCGUGACAUGGCAGCAGGAUGAUUGGGGUCCAGACACACUCGUGCCUGGAAACCCAAAUAAGAGACAAUUACCACCACACAAGGAUCCUGCUAUGGCGAAACGGAAAGCAGCUUCAAACCCAACCAUAGUUAAAGUACCGGACCCCAAGAUAGUUCCCAUCGUUCCGCUCAAAGUCCAACGAAGUGUGGAGGGGCUCAUAGACCCGAUGGAUGGGCCAGUUCUACAAGGCAAAUAUCGACGUUCAGUUUUGCUGCAAAAAAUUGACUUUCAAGCAGACCUGGAGCCACUUUCGCCUCAAAACCCAAUUGCAACUCUUUCUCAUGGUUUAGAGCGUGUUCUGUUCAAUCCUGGUGUCCACUGGUUGCAAGAUCCCCGAUCAAGAGUGUACAAUUUUUCACCGUAUCUAGAACACAUCCCCAAAGUCAACGACUUUACUUUCGAAAAGCUGGUUGGCUUCGUCAAAAGCUCUAAAGAUGAGGAAUUGCAAGCACUAGCACAAAGGGAGGGUCGCUUAUUUGCUGGUUCCACCUCGUCCCUUUCGGGAAUGCUUUGCCAUAUCUAUUUUCUCAUAUCGGAGCACCGACCCGUAGACAUAUCAUCGCUGGGGCAAGCGUUCGAAAAUGAGGACAAAGGUUUCACUCCCGGUCAGCGUAUGCCCACGUCGGUAGUAUUCAACUACAAAAACGGAUCCUAUGCCAUCGACUCUGACUCUGACAUCGACGCUUCCAAGAACAUUUUAACCUGGCUCGGAACUCUUUUGGAGAAAUUCCUCACCACGCCGCAAUCUGAAUUCAAAGAGUUCCUGCGCUCGACCUCUUCCGAGGCCCCAACUGUGUCGGAAGAAAAGCCUAUCCGCGAAGCUUAUCGUUAUUCGAAGUCAAACAAGUUUAUAAUGCGCUCUCAGCUUGACUGCGUCGAUCCCCGACUACCGGGGACUGGGGUAUUCGACAUCAAAACCCGUGCAUGUCUUCCCAUACGAAUGGAUAUAAUGAACUGGGAGGAAAACUCGGGCUACGUGUUGAAGCACGCUCAGGGUCUGUAUGAGAGUUUCGAGCGAGAAUAUUACGACCUCAUUCGGUCUGCAUUCCUCAAAUACGGCUUCCAAGUUCGAAUAGGGAACAUGGACGGUGUCAUCGUCGCAUACCACAACACCGCUCGAACAUUUGGUUUCCAGUACAUUCCUCUCGAGGAAAUGGAUAAAUGCCUAUAUGGCUCAGAACCCACGGCUGGCGAUCGCGUAUUCCAAAAAUGCGUUUCUCUACUGGAAGCAAUUUCUACCGAGAUCAUUGGGUGUUUUCCUCAGCAGUCAGUGAAAUGCUUGUUCGAGUGCUUAUUCUCAGAACGUGAACUGAACGUUUGGGUGCAGCCAGCGGACUGGACUGGCGAUGGGCAACCACCAAUGCACCAACUUGUCAUUAGGACACAAAGUUUCUUGGAUAACAUUCCUGUUUCGGGAAAUCGUGCUAUCAAUUCUGCACCUGAGCACCCUUGGACAAUUCAUUGGUCAUUAUCACACUUGACUGAGCAACAGGAUCUCAUCUAUCGAGCCUAUUCGCAGGCGAUGGAACGUAAAUUCCGUGCCUGGAGUAUUCCAACAGGGGUCUCUGUGAAAGAUCUGCCACAAUUUUGGGAGGCAGUGAACCAUGGAGCACCCGCAUCCACCGAGGAAUCAAAGCCUACAGAUGGGGACAAGUCUGCACAAUCUCCACCACAAGACUUUGAUCCUGCUCGUUUUCGAAAAGCGGAUAUGCGAGUCCAAGCUCUACGGAAAAUGGCACGAUCUGGUCGCGAAUUCACAAAGAAAAUGCUAGAACAUGAUGCCCGACGUCGAAAGAAGAUAGUGCUGGGCGAGCCAUAUGAGCCUGAAGACGUCAUUUUCGACCAAGUCUCUGAAUCGACUGCGGCCACCUUUGCGAAACUUGACCGGCUGCUUGAAAAAGGCGGGCAAGAGCGACAAGAAGAAGAUUUGAAAGAAGCGGGUCACUAG